UAGGCACGGUGACAUAGCCGAGUUGCAGAGCAAGUACAUUGUUAUUAGCAAUGUCGAUGCAUUACUUGGCUGCUCUGUCGGUGACUCUGCUGGGAGCUAUCUUGCUCCGUUGGGCCUUCAAAUGGAUGAACUACGGCCGGACGGGCGGUGAAGAAGGGAUGCUGCUGCCGCCGGGGUCUAGGGGCCUGCCGUUCCUCGGCGAGACGCUCGAGUUCUUCGCGGCGUCCCCGACCCUUGAGCUAGUGCCAUUCUUCAAGCGACGGCUGGAGAGGUUCGGGCCCAUCUUCCGGACGAACAUAGUCGGCGAGGACAUGAUCGUGUCGCUGGACCCGGAGCUGAACGCGCGCGUGCUGCAGCAGGAGGAGCGCGGCUUCCAGAUCUGGUACCCUUCCUCUUUCAUGCGCAUCUUGGGCGCUGACAACAUGGUCUCCAUGCUCGGACCGCUCCACCGCCACAUUAGGAACCUCGUGCUCCGCCUCUUCGGGCCCGAGGCCCUCCGCCUGGUGCUGCUCCGCGACGUGCAGCGGAGCGCGCGCGACGAGCUCCGGUCAUGGCUCGACCGGCCGGAAGUCGAGGUCAGGACGGCCACCUCCAGGAUGAUAUUUGGCGUCACGGCAAAGAAGCUGAUCAGCCACGACGACGUGGCAUCAGGAGGAAGCCUGUGGAAAUGCUUCGACGCCUGGACUAAGGGCCUGAUGUCAUUCCCGAUCUGCGUUCCUGGAACAGCCUUCUAUAGAUGCAUGCAGGGACGCAAGAACGUUAUGAAGGUACUCAAGCAACAGCUCGAUGAGCGCAGGAACGGAGCCGAGCGCAAGACCGUGGAUUUCUUCGAUCUUGUGAUUGAUGAGCUCGACAAGCCAAACUCUAUAAUGAGCGAGAGCAUCGCGUUGAACUUAUUGUUCUUGCUCCUCUUUGCAAGCCAUGAAACGACGUCAAUGGGGCUGACCGUGAUACUCAAGUUUCUAACGGACAAUCCAAAAUCCUUGCAAGAAUUGACCGAGGAGCAUGAAAAAAUCAUGGAAAGAAGGGUGGAUCCAGACUCUGAUAUCACCUGGGAGGAGUACAAGUCUAUGAAAUUCACAUCUCACGUCAUACAUGAAUCUCUUAGGCUCGCAAACAUCGCUCCGGUGGUGUUCAGACAAGCAAACCAGGACGUACACAUAAAGGGAUACACUAUCCCAGAAGGAUCAAAGAUCAUGAUUUGUCCAUCUGCAGCUCACCUGAAUUCAAAGGUUUACGAGGACCCCUUGGCAUUCAAUCCAUGGAGAUGGAAGGAUACUCCUGAACCAGUUGGUGGCUCUAAGGAUUUUAUGGCCUUUGGGGGUGGUUUGCGGUUAUGUGUUGGUGCUGAGUUUGCCAAGCUGCAAAUGGCUAUGUUCCUCCACUACUUGGUCACCAAUUACAGAUGGAAAGCCCUCAGCAAAGGGACGAUGAUGCUUUAUCCCGGCCUGCGAUUUCCGGACGGCUUUCACAUCCAGCUUCAUAAGAAAACAUGAAGGCUCCAUUUGGAACGUGUAAUUUUUUUUGUUCCUGUGUUGUUUCUACAAAAAAUAAAAUAAAUCCUAAAAAAACUAUGGAAUUCCAGUGAAAUUCCUACGUUCCAAACGGGUCCAAAUAUUGUUAGAAAAGAUAACUAGCAUGUGGUAUUAAAAGUAUGCUCAUUAGUAGCUGUGAUCAAAUAAUUAAAGACCAUUCAAUAUAAGUAAGUUAUGGUCAGUAUAUAUAAACAAAUGUACUAUGAAACCUCAUUAGAAAAGCAAACAGAAUAAAACUCUUCAGGAUCUCAUCAACCUAUUCCAAUUGUAAGCUGCUCGGAGCAUAAGCUAUAAGUUACAAUGUUGAAGCGUCACUGCCAAAUAUGAAGAAGGGGAAUAGGAAAGAAGUUCAAAACUAGAAAAUGUUGUAGUAUGUUUUUCCAUAUUUUCCAAGAUUGUAUACCUUUAUACUGAAUGUUGUACGGUCAUAUGUGUAAUUGUUUGCGCUUUUAUAUUAUAAUAAGUAAAAUUUCAGCUAAGGUAGUAGUGGUGAAUUGUAAUUUUCCUUUUUCCAAAUAAUUGGAACCUCAAAUUGAACAGUA